UCGGUCUUCCAGUCUCCAAAGAAUUGGGUCGAAUUAACAUGAACAAGUUAACGUAAAUAUCUGCGCCGGCAGCAGCAGCCGUUUCCAACGCCCAAGUUCCCAACAAAAGGUAAGGCGGCAGGCUAUUUUGGUGUUCUGCAAGUUUGAAUUUUGAUUUUGUUUUUCCGUCUUACCGAAUAAUCCACCGAUUAACUCGAACAUUUUUUAGAUCUACAAAAAUACUUGAAUAUUUUGUAGAUCUGUGAAAAUAAUCGGACAUUAGAGAAAGAAAUUAUGAUUUUGGAUAUUCUCCAAUGUAAAUCUAGUUAUUUUCGAUCCACCACCAUUUAAAUUAAUUUACAGUAAAAAAUAUCUUCAUUUCUUUAUUAUCAGUCAGAAGCUUCAGGUUGAGAAGAGUUGUAUUUUGCCUUUUUGCUGCGGAAUCUGUAUAAAUGAACUUGUAUUUGGCCAACAAAUUCGAGCCUUGCUUUAUUUUUCUUAAUUCAUGGAUAAUGUUAACAACUGGAGACUGUAUUGGCGGGAAAAUGCCCCAUACAUGCCAAUGCAAUGCUAGGCUUUCACGAUCACGAUGCUGAUUUCGAUAAUCUAACCUCAUGUCUGUCGAUCCUUUUCAAUCUUCAGAAAUCUGGCUUCAAUCUGAAGAUCUUUCUCUAUAAAGCGAUGGAAACAACGAAGUCUUCCACGGAAGAGGAGGCAUUUGAAUUCGAAGUGAGGAAGCUCGAGAUCUCGGACAAGAGGAAGGGUUUCGUGGAGCUUCUUCAGCAGCUGACCGUGUGCGACUCCAUCUCCGACGAAGCAUUCGACCGACGGUUCGAGGAGGUGGCCGAGUACGGCGACGACCAUCUCAUAUGCGUCGUCGAAGACAGAGAUUCGGGGAGGAUCAUUGCAACCGGUAGCGUGUUGAUAGAGAAGAAAUUCAUAAGGAAUUGUGGCAAAGUUGGUCACAUCGAAGACGUGGUUGUGGAUUCCAACAUUCGAGGAAAGCAUUUAGGGAGGAAGAUGAUCGGAUUCCUGUGUGAUCAUGCUCGCGCGAUGGGGUGUUACAAGGUGAUUCUUGAUUGCAGCAGUGACAACGUGGCCUUUUAUGAGAGGUGUGGUUUCAAGCGGAAGGAGAUUCAGAUGGUGAACUACUUCGGUUCUUGAGAAUUAAUUAAGCAUUUUGGUUUGGGAUUAGUGAAUUGUUGUUAUUUCGAGUAUAUAUUGCUCUUUUCUCAAAUAACAAUUCACUUUUCGCUUCA